AAAGCUGGCUUUGAAUUUUCUGACCAAAAUCAUCUCAGGACCUCUAACGCAGAGCACGUAGAGGUUUUCAUCGUCCAGAAUUUCGAUCAAACAUAAGAGGUUAUCUUUCCUGCAGUUUUGUGGGUGGUUUUCAGGAUACCUUACAAUGGCAGGGAGACAUCGUGUUCCACGUGAAGCGAUGAAUGACCGGCGCGGCUACCCUCUUGAAGGACCUUUUGGUCGAGGUCCUCCAAUGCGACCACUUCCUCAUCCUGCAGUGUUGGAGGAAGAACUUGAAAUGCAACAUGCUGAAAUUCGAAGACUCUUGGCAGAUAAUCGGAGGCUGGUUGAGGACCGAAUGACAUUGCAGCGUGAGCUUGGUGCUGCCAAGGAGGAAAUUCAUAGGAUGAAUGUUGCCUUUUCAGAUAUUCGUGCCGAAGAAGAAUUGCAAUCAAGGGAGCUCUUUGAGAAAGGCAGGAAAUUGGAGGCUGAUCUUCGGGCCACUGAGCCCUUGAAAAAUGAGGCUAAACAACUUCGUUCUGAAGUUCAGAAGCUGACUAGUGUUAGGAAGGAACUUUCCACUCAAGUUCAGACCCUCACACAGGACCUUGUGAGGUUGCAAUCUGAUAAUCAACAGAUUCCUCUUCUAAGGGCUGAUAUUGAUGGUCUGCACCAGGAGCUUAUGCAUGCUAGAAAUGCAAUCGAUUAUGAGAAGAAGGCGAAUAUUGAGCUUAUGGAACAAAGACAGGCAAUGGAGAAGAACCUAGUUUCUAUGGCUCGUGAAGUUGAGAAACUACGCGCAGAUCUUGCUAGGACAGAUGGUAGACCAUGGGGUGCAGGUGGACAAUAUGGGAUGAAUUUCAGCAGCCCAAAGGGAGCUUUUCCUGCUGCAUAUGGAGAUGGCUAUGGGAUGCACUUGGGUGUUGCUGAUAAAGGGCCUAUGUAUGGGCCGGGUCCAGCUUCAUGGGGAGGACCUGAAAAGCCUCGCAUGACUCGUCGUUGAAAUCUGGAUGAUUGUGAUUUCAAUGACAGAGUAUACAUGCCACCUUUGGUUGCUCAUCAUCAGCAUAGAUGGUCAAGUCAUCUAUGUGUGCACGCCAGAUCAGUAGCCAUUUAUUUUUCUGAAUACAUCGUUAGUCAUCUUAAACUUAUGUAUAUAGGGUUUUAAUAUCGCUUUUCUUGAUUGCUAGACAUUAAUUCCCAUGUCUGUGAUAGUAGUAUAAUGUUUUGGAAUUUUCUGUCUCUAAUUUGCAUCAGUUAUAUCUUAUGUUGGUCAUUUGACCAUGUAACCUAUAAUGAGGAUUGUUUUUUAUUUGGAAAUGUUCUCUUGAUUAUAUUUUUCCUUUUCUUUUCAUCGUGGGUAGAAGCAAACUUUAGAAUGGUACGGUAACUUAGUAUCCAUUUAUGAACUUGGCAUUUUCUUAUAUCUAUCAAGAUGAACCCGUAUUUCGGUAACUUGUGGGGAGGCUGGAGCAUGUGUGAUAUGGAAUUGAAGGGAAGCUAUGUGAUCAUGGUCGAUUGCAUGAAUUUAAUGCAAUCUGCAUUUCUGUAAACGAUGCAAUUGUUGGAAUCAAGUUGUUGUUUCAUGAUUUAUGAACAUAAUGUGUUGGAGGAUAUAUUGAUAUAUGGUGUUCAAUUUGUUGGGGAUGCGGGUCCUUUUCUUCGAAAUUCCCUUAUGGUGGUUUUGGUUUCCGGGUAUUGUUGGAGGUGGACCUGCUAUUUCUUAUGCAUCAUUUUAUCUAUGUGAGGAUUUUAUGCUUAUAUGGAGAUUAGGAGUUAGGAUGGCCAUUUCGUUUCACAAAAUUACAAGAUUUCUUGUUGCUGUGAUGAAAUAUACCGUGAUAUGAAUUCUGAUUUCCAUAUUGUCGAGACUAGCUAACAAGUAGCUUUUCUUGAAUAUUGGAAGGUUGAGGAUGUAAGUGGAGCUUCCCAGAAUAGGAUGCUAUUGGGUUUAGAAAAUUGUGUACAUGAAAGUAUUUGCAUAACUAGGAGUUGUGAUAUUCUUUUAGGUGGGUAGCUAGGGCCUAGGAAGUUGUAAUGCUCUGGAAGUAAGUUUCAGGCCCUUUUUUUUUUCUUUCUUCUAUUGGUAGGUUAUUUGACUAGGAGUCAUCUUAGAUGGGAUUCCAUAUGGUUUUCUAUCUGCCACAGCUCCUUAUUUGUGGCUGGUCUGGAUAAGUGGUCUUUGGAUAAGCACCAAAACUUUCUUUCCAAACAUGGACGAACAGUUUGCUGGCAUUAGAAGAAUGGAUUG